AUGACGACUGGCAUCGAAGCUUCGAUUGCUAACGUACUCGCUCGGAUUGCGGAGACGGGGGAAUACCGAAUGAAGUUCACCGCUUUUCAAGCGCGACUGAGUGAACAAGAGCAGAUCAAACAAGCCAACGCCUAUUCAGAAAGCCAGUUCACGAGCACACUCCGACGAGAUUUCACAACACCCUAUGCAUCCACAGCGCUAGGCGAAUCCUGUUUGGCGUUCAGAAUCCCAAACUACACCGGACAUGCCGACGGUGGAUAUGCCUGUAAUACUUGCGGACAUUCCUCAAUGUAUCACCAACACCAUCGAGCGAAGUGCGUAACAACCCUGAAGGAGGAACGGAGCUCGGAUAAGCUGGCAAAGGAGCGCUUUUUGGCAGCGGAAACGGAGAAAGACAAACUCGAAAUAUUACACAUCAAGAUCAGCGAAAACAUUAAGGCUAUGGAAGCAGAUAUCCGUAAUGAACAUAUCAGAGCCCUCCAACAAAAGAAGGCAGUGGUCGAGAGUGCGGAGAAAAGCAAGAGGAGCAAAUAG